AUGCCCGUACUAGUGAUGUUCGCACUACGUUCGUGGGUGGUCGUCGGUUGCGUGGUGGUGGCGAUCUCGCCGGCCAGGGCCGUGGUGGGCGGCGACCCGGCGGCACCACCGGAGCCCGACUCCGCGGUGGUGUUCACCCAGAAGCACGGGCGAAGCGCGCGCCUUGAGGGAUUCAAGGACGACGAGCGCGGCUACUACACGUUCCUGGGCAUAAGAUAUGCCGAACCUCCCAUGGUCCAAAGAAGGUUUCAGAGGCCUGUGCGUCGUUACCUCAAUGGGGAGCUAAACGCCAUGCAGCAAUGCCAACCGUGCCCCCAGCUGGACCCCCGAAACCCAAGGAAAGUCAUUGGACACGAAGACUGCCUAUGUCUCAAUAUUUACGCACCAAAAAUGCCCGGAGAGGAAGAAGGCUGUCCAGUUGUCUUUUUCAUUCACGGCGGGAAUUAUCGCAGCGGUUCAAUUUCGCCCUAUGGGGGCCAACAUUUAGCUCAAAAGGACACCAUAUUGGUAACAGCGCAAUAUCGCUUGGGUUCCUUGGGUUUCUUAAGCACGGGCCAAAGGGACGCACCUGGUAAUGCUGGAUUGUUCGAUCUGCGGGCUGCUUUGACAUGGAUACAAGACUACAUCGAGUUCUUCGGCGGCGACCGCAAACGCAUCGUGGUGAUGGGCCAGGGCUCGGGUGCCAGUGCGGCCUCCCUGCUGAGCCUGUCGCCUGAAGGUCGAAGCGCGGCCGGCGUGGCUGCGCUCUCCGGCACGCCGCUGUCGCCCGGCGCGGUCAGGGCCGACCCCGACGCCCACGCCCAGCAGCUGGCUGAGAGGACCGGCUGCCCACCCCGGCCCGCGGAGAGGCUAAUGAACUGCCUGAAGAAGCUCCCGAUCGAGCAGAUAUUGAAGGCCGAUUAUGACAUGAAAAUGGAUAUGGUGGAUACGCAAAGGUUUCUCGACGAGAUAUCCGGUAGAUCCGGAUCUGGCGCACGUGUGGAGGAAGAGGACGACAGGAGGGCGCUACCCCCGCUCGUGUCGGAGCAGCCAGCCCAAUCGCUGCAACGCAAGAGACAGCACUGCCCGCUGCUCACUGGCGUCACCUCAGCGGAGACCUCCAGAGCGGUGUUCGGGCAGUAUUCCAAGUUCCUGAUAGAGCAGUUGGCUACCGUUCAGGACUUCAUUAAGAAAGAUCUUAUCGGUGGCCUUCGCAACGUGGUGCAGGACGUAGAGGGUCUAAUUCCGAUCAAAGCUUUGGGCAUGGAUUCAGUGUUGCCAUUGCCAGAUUACUACCAGGCUCUGUUUGACAGUUCCUCGAUGGCCGUCGACGGGCUGUCUCAAAUUGCCGAAGCCACCGGAGAUGCCCUGUUCAAUUUCCCGGCGUACCAGAGUGUAAGGGCUUGGAGCGUCGCUAGUCCCGCCUUCCUCUAUAGCUUCGAACACUCGGGUAAUCUCAGCAAAGGUUCCCACUUCCUCCCUGGACUCGCUCUAACUGAGAACGUGGAUGGAGAAUUGAAAGCGCCCAAUAAGGGUCCCGCUCACGGUGACGAGCUCGCGUACAUAUUUGAGCCUUUGAACGAGGAGGGUAAACCGCUGGCCCAGGGGAUAUCUUCCACUGACAACCGCGCCCGGCAGGCUUUUGUGGGCAUUAUCAGCAAGUUCGCCCAUAGUGUCGGCGCAUCGCCGGAGAACAAUUCGAAAUCAUUCGGCUUCCAACCUUUCUCGCAAGACAACGAGCAGUUCCUCAAGAUCUCGGAUACAAUUACUACAGAAAAGGAUUUCAGAUUUUGCCAAAUGGGCCUGUGGGGCAACAUGGCGGACAGGGUGACGGGUGCUCUCUGCAAAGAUGUCCUCGGCCAGCUGCUGAACCUGCCGAAGCUGGAUUUGCCCGUGGCAGUGCCCGUGCCGCUGCCGGGAGCGUUGAACGUCCUGUCGGAACCGUCGCGGAACCAAUACAAGGCGACCACACCGAAGCCCUUGUGGAACAAUCCUUUGCCGUUCCGAUUU